CAACACCAACUCUGGAGACAUUUAUUUGCUUAAACCUUUCCUAUCAUCAUUUGUCCAGAACAAUGCGGAAAUUAUCCAGUUUUUUAAUCGGAUGCUUCCUCGUGUCAUCCAGCAUACUUUGUUUGGAGGCGGUGGGAGUGCCUGUCGAGCCUGCACCAGCAUGGUACACGUAUCCCAGGAUUAAACGCGUUCCAUGGGGAAAAAAUAUGGAGAGGAUCAUGUACCAACAACCCGGUUUGUUCCAGCCAGCGAUGGACAUGACCAAGAGAGAUGUGAGCCCUUCCGUCGAAUCGACUCCUGAUCCAGGAAUAGGCACAGUUGCUGAAACCGUCGGCAGUAAGGACCAUCAGCCCCCGUGUAACUGUGCUCGAUGUGCUGGACGGCUUCAGAAAAGGUUUGUGAAAGUCCCAGCGAACAAACCCCGCUUCCUGUUUGGUGGAGCAUACCCGUACGGCGACUACUAUGAAGACUAUUAUGAUGACUACUACGAUGGUUAUCCGUAUGGAGGGUACAAUGGAGGGUAUUUCGGUGGGGGUGGGUUUGGAGGGGGGCAAUGGGGAUAUCCUUACGCAGGAAUGGGUUAUGGAGGGCAUUGGUGAAUCUCUUUCUUCCAUAUGUAUUCAACAAAACUAUCGUUCUCAAUUUAAAAUGAAUUUCAAUUAUUAAUUUACAUAAAUCUCAAUCAAAAUUUGGAUGCAAUAAAAACCAUACCACUUGGAAA